AUUUCCCUUUUAAAUUUAAUUUAAAUAGUAAUAACAAAUGGAUUCUACAUCAAAAUUUGAACAAUUACUUAAUUUGUCGAAUAAAGUCAUUGACAGAAAAUGUUUGAAACCUUUGUCAAAGUACGACAACUUAGUAACACAGAAUUUACAUGCAGCUCAGAUAAAUACUAGGCCAGCAGGAGCAAAUGGAAUAUGGUGUUUCACUCUCCUGCCAACAGUAUUAAUUGUCUAUAGCCUUCAGUAUGAAGUGUCGCCAGCAUAUAAGCUAGCAGCGUGUGUGUCCGCUGGACUCCUGUUUUAUAAUAUUUUGUUCCAUAUUUUUAUAUAUAUUUCGAGCUUGGUGUUAACUACAGGCUUGGGGGCAGGUUCCUUGGUAUCUGGAUUGAUAACAAGUGCACUGGUGUACAAUGUUGUCAAAGAAGACACUAUAUUUGUACUGUUCUUUGCUCUGCCAUCACCAUUCAUCUUCUGUGCAUUACUUCGACAUUUACUGGGAUAUCCCAAAACGUUUACUCUUGGAGAGGCAGUGAUUGUUGCACAGAGCGCAGUGAUCGCGAUUACUGUGAUGGUGGCCCAGACUCUGUGUAAUUUGGGAGAUAAGGGCACUGAUGUGGACCUUGUGAAUGGUGUUGUUAUUACAGUGUUAUCAACAGUAGGAUUAAUUGUCACAGCCCUAUAUUUACUGAAGGAAAACUCUAGAACAAUGAAUUUGUUGAUUUACAUAAUCACCGCCGCUGCAGCGUUUGCGGUCAUACAACUGUAUGCAUUACUUGGAAUGACUAGCAUACCUGAGUUAUUCAUAUUUCUCUUCAUUCAUCCAACGAGAGUAAAACUAAUAGCUUUCUGGGCGUGCCUAGUAUUAGUAGCUGUAUUUGUGCUAGUAUUGCGUACCAAAGCUGCGGUAAAGGCCACCACGGUCACCAGGAAAGCGUUCCAUCUGCUUGCUGCUGCGGUGUUCGCUACUGGGAUACUGUUGGACCUCAGACUUAUGGAGAUGGCGGCUGGCAUUGGGUUUGGACUACUCAUUUUAGUUGAGGCAUUGAGGAAAUCAAAUAUAGAACCAAUCUCGCCAGCAUUGCAGUCUGCUUUCGUCGUCUACAGUGAUGAAAAGGAUUGCGGAGAAUUCGCACUGACCCCCAUCUACAUGUACUGCGGCCUUGGCUUCGGUCUGGUCGCGCCGCGCGGAGCACCGACGCUGGAGCGACUAGCCGGCGUGCUGGCCGUCGGCGUGGGCGACGCCGCCGCCAGCUGGUUCGGCAAGAGAUACGGACACAGGAAGUGGCACGGGCAAAACAGAACAUUGGAGGGCACGUUGUUCAACAUACUGUCACAGGUCAUGACAGUCUACUGCCUCGGUUUAUUUGAUGUAAUUGACUCCCAUAACGCAGUGCUCCGCACAGCAGUAGCGGCGACGGCGUCAAGCCUCGUGGAAGCGAAGACGGCUCAGGUCGAUAACUUGAUACUGCCGCUGGUAAAUAUUAUCGCGUUCCAGCUUACACACUUUAUAAGCUAGAUUUAAAUGAAUA